AUGUGGCAUUUUUACAACUAUAAUUGUAAGCGUUUAGAAGAUCUCUCUCCUUUAGAAGAAGUUGUGGAGUACUUUUGCAAAGGGCUUCAUCCGUAUGGACCAUUUCUUGAACAUGUUCUUGAAUAUUGGGAAGAAAGUAAGAAAAAACCUCAAAAAAUAUUAUUCUUAAAGUACGAAGACUUGAAGAUAGACCCCAAGAAAGAGGUGGCAAAAAUAGCUUUGUUUCUUGGAAAGCCUUUUGGUAAUGAAGAGGAUUUGGAGAUAGUUUUGAACAAGUGUAGCUUGGAGAGGCUUAAGAAUUUGGAGGUUAAUAAGAGUGGAUCAAUCGUCUCUUAUAUCCACAAUAGUGCAUUUUUCAGAAAAGGAGUUGUUGGGGAUUGGAAGAAUCACAUGACACCUGAAAUGGAAGAGCAACUUGACAAGAUUACCAAGUUGAAGCUUCAAGGAAGUGGCCUUGAACUUUGA